AUGUGGUCCAAUUUAGCUCUCAAGGUGGAAACACAACCUGAUGACUUGUGGAAAAGAUUGAGGCUGUUCGAGGGAAGCGAUGUGGCCAAAAGUGCGCUUCAGUCCAGGCGACAGACAAGGGGUCGCGGCACUUGCAGUCAGUCUCGGUUGAGAGAGCCCAGACCGUUUCGCCCGGUAGCAUAUCGAAUUUCGGUGAAUCGCCCGCUCCCCGGCCACACAGCAGCAACACAGGGCUCUUCACCUCCUUCCGGAUGGUGUAAACACCAACUUGCUUCAUACACACCUUUGCAUCCGUCUGCUCCAUCCUGUCUUUACAAUCACCUCUUUCUCUUCUCCCCUAAGCAGCCUUUUAGGCGUCAAUCAGUCAGAAUCUCCGUGGCCACCUCCGUCGAGGGCUCAUCUCACAUCUCACAUCGCACACUUUGCCUCACCUCCUAG